AUGAGUGAAGACGAGUUCGUCGUGCUGCUGGAGCACGCCGGGAUCCUCGAGACGUCGGACGAGAACGAUAUGGAGUUCAUGGAGGAGACGGUCCUGCGGGAGUGGCUGGAGCGGGACGGCGUGCAGCUCUUCACGACGCAAAUGACGACCGUCAAACGCGAACAGAGCGACGCUGACCUCGUGGUGGACGGCACGGCGUCGACUGCAGCUCCGACGGCGACGGCGACGGCAGCGACGCUCGUGGGGGAAGCGAGGACGCGGAUGGCUGGCCACAUUCUGGCGAGACUGUUGGAAAGGGGAUGGAUCACGGCGAUUGAAUUCGAUUAUGACGAGGACGACGACGACGAGGAGGACGACGAGGAGGAGUGGAAGCCUAAAUUGUUCACGCCACGAUUACGGACGAACGAAGCGUACAAGAUUUACAUUGAGAAGGAUAUGAUGGCGACGCAGCUAGCUACACGAAGACUGCAGCUGCGUGCUCAUGACCUCCACGAUGCGGGCGUGUCGGCUCAUCAAGAAGAAGGCGAAAUGCAAGCGUCGAUACCUCUGACGGUGGCGGACAACGAUCAAAAGACUCGACUGCGGGAGAAGAUGUGGCAAGACUGCUUCCCGACGUGCUCCGACAGCGCCAAGCAGACGUUCUUGUCGUUCACUCGGCCAGAGAUUAUCUUAUAUGCCACCUUGGGGCUCAAUCUGAUCAGCAACGGGAUCAGCAGUGUGCCUGCGUUCUCGCGCGAGUUGAAGAGUAUGGGUGUAAGCAGUGCGGACGAUCGGUCUAUCAUCGUGGGGUUCCUGGCCAAAGCAUUCCCGACCGAGUAG